AUGUCUCAGUCUCAUUCCAGAUUUCGGCAGGAAACAUAGUACAAAAUUUUCCCGUAAAAAAUGGCUUCUCCUAAGGAUUGCACCUGCCAGCCUUCGCCGAAACCUUUGGCUGGCGCUAAUGGUACUGUCUUCUGCUCUGGUCCUUUGCUGGAGACCGUGCAAAUGUCGGGUAUGUUUGCCGAUGGCAAAUCGUUUGUGGAUAUGAAGCUCCGCUGUAAAGCAGAAAAGACUCUGAAGGACUUUCACACAUUUUCAAAUUGCAAGAAGAACGAUGGAUCACUGAAGUUCUUGCAGAUGUUCGUGGAAAAUCACUUUGAUCCUCAGGGCGCAGAUCUGGAGGCUUUCGCUCCGACAGACUAUAAGUGUGACCCGGCAUUCCUCUCGCAGGUAUGCGAUGCAGACCUAAAGAAAUUUGGCACAUAUCUGAAUGAGACAUGGAAGACGUUGUGCGUUCGCGUUAGGGACGAUGUAAAAAAGAAUCCAGACUCUUACUCUAUUGUUCAUCUGCCCAACCCGACGAUUAUCCCCGGCGGCCGAUUUACGGAAUACUACUACUGGGACUCCUAUUGGAUUGUGCGCGGCUUACUCUACAGUGACAUGGACAAGACGGCGCGCGGCAUGAUCGAGAACUUCUUGUAUCUGGUGCGCACCUAUGGGUUUGUUCCCGGGUGCGGACGCAUUUACUGCUCGGGUCGUUCCCAUCCUCCAAUGCUGAUACAAAUGGUGAAGGCAUACGUGGAAUUUACAAACGAUGAAAAAUUCGCUGUGGAUGCUCUACCGAUGCUUGAGAAGGAGUUCGAUACAUUCCUUGAAAACCACUCGGUGGAAGUCAAAGGUCAUACGAUGUACGUUUAUCGCGACUCCACGACGGGACCACGACCGGAAGCAAUGUGCGAGGACAGAGCCAAUACGGAUAGCAUGUGCAACGAAGACGACAAGGAGGGUUUCUACUCGGAUGUGAAGGCUGCUUGCGAGUCAGGGCAAGCAUUCAGUUCGCGUUGGUAUAUAUCCGAAGCUGGAACCAAUGAGGGGAGCGUGAGUGACACGCACACCACCUGCAUUGUGCCGGUCGAUCUGAACGCCAUACUUUUCCGAAAUUGCAAGAUCCUGGCCGAGUUCAAUGCGACUGCGGGCAAUGCCGAAAAGGCAAACGAGUAUCAGAUCAAAGCCUGCGAAAUGCUAAAGGCCAUUAACGAUGUACUCUGGAACGACUGCGCCGGAAUUUGGUUGGACUACGAUUUGAAGAAUAACAAGGCACGCAACUACUUCGCAGCCUCGAACCUGUCCCCACUGUGGUUGCGCGCCUAUGGCAUAUGUGACACAGAUAAGAUUGCUCAGGCGGUAAUGAAAUACAUUAAGUUCAACAAGUUGGACAGCUACCCAGGCGGCGUUCCGGCGACGUUGUACAACUCGGGCCAGCAGUGGGACUUCCCUAAUGUAUGGCCACCGCAGAUGUACAUGAUUAUCGAGGGACUGGAAGCUUUGGGCACGUCCGAGUCUAAGGAGCUGUCUAAGAAGUGGGCACAACGCUGGGUCCGCCACAACUAUGAGGCAUAUCAGCAGAAGGGAGCCAUGUUCGAAAAGUACAACUGUGAGGAGUUUGGUGGCGUUGGCAGCGGUGGCGGAUACGAAGUUCAGACGGGUUUCGGCUGGACUAAUGGUAUUAUCAUCGAGUUUAUGGCCAGGUAUGGACAAUCACUGUCGCUAACCGAUGAGAGCGAUGACAAGUGUAAGUGCAAAAAGCCGGAUCAGACAGCUUGCACGCAGACACGCGGCUCGCAGGACGACUCGAAUGGCUUGCCAGCCGGCAUCGCUGGUUGCACACCGAGCGCACCCGGUGGUGCACUGAGCUGCUUCCCCAGUGAUGGGCAGGCGGCAAACGGAGGUUAUAGCGGAUGUAAUUCCCCAACAAGGGAGUGUGAAUAAGCCGUUAGACGAAAGCCAUAGAAUCUACGCUUCCAUCGGCAAUAGUACCGUAUAUAUAUCAUUGAGUCUCACUGAUUUGUAGAUGCAGAGUUGGCUGACUAAAGAUUAACACAUUUUUCAGGGGAAGCCAAGUCGGCAAAUAUAAUUUCAGAGAUCACUAUUUAUAGAGAACUAAAUCCUCAGAAAUGCAAUAAAAACCGAUUCCACACAGACAGUAA